CAGGAAGUAGUCAGUACAUUUGUUCAGCAGCAGGCGGCGCCACCACCAAUGAAACGCUGCCCCUGCGGUUUCAGCCAAUCCCUGUGAGUUGUUGUAUCUGUAAUCCAGCCCCUCAAAUUUAGGAGAAAGAAAGACGAGAACUAGAGUGAGACGGAGGAGAGUUUGAUGUCAGAAUGAGUCGGCAACAUAACAGUCCAGCAAUGGAAAACAAUGACAGAUAGACUCCGUAUAAGUUAGGGAGUGGAGGUCAGCUGUGAGUGAAGCAGAAGAAGAAAGAAGAAAAGGAGGAGAAACAUGAGUCGGCAACAGCAGUCCCAGGGAGUGGUUUUAACGGGUUACCACAGCAACGCGGAACUUAUGCCGAAAACUGGACCGCAUGCCCCCACCAGCUGUCCACCCGCCCAGGACCACGAGCCCGCCGUAUCGAGGACUGGCCACUACACUGUUCAACAGAACCAGAACACGCAUCAAGGAGACGGUUCUAGCUCUUCUACUACCACCAGCGGUAGAAAAACCACCAGCACUGACCCACCGUCACUAAGUGUUCACGCGAUCCCCGGGUCUCAGCCCUCCUCCAGCCCAAAGCCAGGCUCCAGCCCCAGACACAGUCCCAAUUCCAGAGCCAGACCGCGGUCACCAUGUCAGCGCUGCAACUCUCAGGACUCUCUGGACGAGCUGGAGAUGGAAGACUAUUGGAAGGAGGUGGAGAAUAUCACUCGCUCAGGAGGAGAAGGGAGGGCAGAAGGAGUAGGAGAAGGGGAUGUGCAAGAGGAAGUGCAAGAGGAGGAGCAGCAGAAAAUUCCUGAGGAAGGCGAACAGGAGGAGGCGUGGCUUACAGAGGCGGGGCUAGCACGGCUGUUUGAUGACUCACUAGCAGCUGACCAGGAUCAGGAAGAAGACAGCGCGGUGUUUCUGUCCACGCUGACCAGAUCCCAGGCGGCUGCGGUAGAACGUCGUGUGACAUCACUACAGCAGACGUUGCUACGACGACGCAACCGGCAACACGUUCCUGAUGUAAGGGAUAUAUUCAGACCUCCUGAAAAGGAAGAGGAGCCUAGUAAACUCAAGGAGGGAAGUGAGAAUGGACAAAAAGAAGUAACUUCAGCCGAAACCGAGACAGAGCUGAACGUUGAAGUGGCGUUUUCAGAGCAGGCGCUCACUUACAGGGACAACCACCAAAGGUUAAAGGUCACCGUUAGCCCGAACUCACCUGACGACAAGCUACCGCACUUUAAGCGGCUCCGAGAUUAACCAACGGGGUCCAACAGAAUAGGAGAUCUGUCUCCACUGGAUAUGAAAAAGGUAUAUAUAUAUAUAUAUAUAUAUAUAUAUGUGAUGUUGUGGGGUGCUGGGAUAGACCUGAAGGCACACAAAGCUGUCAAAGUUAAGACUAAAGAAAGUGGUCUCUUCGGUGUUCCCCUUGCCACUUUAUUGGAACAGGACCAAAGACGGGCUGCUGGGACUAAAGUGCCAUUCAUACUGCAGCGGCUCAUUAAUCACAUUGAGGAGGAAGGAUUAGACACAGAGGGGCUGCUACGGAUCCCUGGAGCGGCCACUAGAGUCAAGUCGCUGUGCCAGGACUUCGAGUCCUCUUUCUAUGACGGCGCGUUUCCAUGGCAACAGUUGAAGCAGCACGAUGCUGCUAGCCUUUUGAAGCUGUUCAUCAGGGAGUUACCUCAUCCACUGCUGACUGUGGAGUACCUCAAUGCAUUUAUAGCUGUCAACAAGCUCCCCACAAAGAAGCAGCAGCUGCAGGCUUUGAACCUGCUCGUCCUCUUGUUACCUGAGGCCAAUCGCGAUACUUUGAAGGCACUAGUGGAGUUUUUCCAGCGUGUGAUUGACCACCAGGCCAAGAAUAAAAUGACUCUCAACAAUGUCUCUGUUGUCAUGGCACCCAACAUCUUCAUGUUCAAAGGCUUCCGCUCCAAGGUUACAGAACAGCAGGAGUUCUCCAUGGCAACCAGCACAGCCAACAUCGUCCGCCUGCUGAUUGGAUACCAGAAUCUCCUGUGGACGAUCCCCAAGUUCAUUAUGACCCAGGUCAGAAAUCAAAACAUGGAAAGUCAUCGGAAACAAAAUAAAGAGAGAGCUGUAAGAAAGCUGCUGAAGAAGAUGACCACCGACAAACCAUCUGAUAAAGCUGUCCCUGAGGAGAGCUCUCAGGGAUUUAUUCGAGUUCAAGCACCACAGUUCAGUAAAGUGUCCAUGGCACUCCAGCUUACUGAAGAGUUGCAGGCUGCUGAUGUAUUGACACGCUUCCUCAGCCAGGACAGUUCAGUGGCAGUGAAACGAGAAGAGCUGUGUCUCUAUGAGAUUGGUGGAAGCAUCAAGGAGAGAUGUCUAGAUGGGGAAACGUAUAUGAAAGACCUCUUCCAGCUGAACCCUACAGCAGAAUGGGUCAUCAAAGCUGUGCAGCGGUAAACUCCUUACCAUCAUGCCCUGCUGGAUAAUGGACUACCCCAAAUUUUUACCACUGUGUCCCAAUGAGAGGAGACGUCACCUGGUUCUCUGUGGUUUCUGCUGGUUCUGAGACUACUCAGACAGUUUGCUUCUAGCAACUUGUUGAUUUUUGAACACAGGUGGUUGCUGCAGUUCAUCUAAUUGGCCUGCCCUGAGAGCGGCCGAGAACAUACAAGAAGUCCAAUGGCAGUCUUAAAACGUUUGUUGAAAUCUGUGUUGCAUUUUUUUCUCCACUUAGUUGAACAACAAGAAAAAGGAAAAUGAUGUGCUUUGAUUUACAAUAACAAACUUCCCUGCCUUAUGCUACAUGUUGGAAUUUUUACCACUAGCCGUGAAAGAAAACCACUUGUUUUUUGAAUUCCUUGUUAUCUUUGGAGGCCGGACGGACCACCAUACACCAUUUCUCCCAGUUUGUCCCAGCACUUGAGCAACUACAUUGUGAUACUCUAAAGUAUUGCAGUUGUAUACUGUGAUUUAUUGCCACUAAUCACUUUGUUGUGUCUGCAGUAAUAAGCUGAAAUCAUAUAGUUUGGGACAAUAAAAGAAUAUAAAAAAAUCAUAGAAUCGUGAAUCAAUUCCGUAACAAAUGCAUGUAUUUUCUGUAUAACCAAUUUUUAGAACAUUGGCUUUUAUUUAUUUAUAUUUUUAUUAAAAGCCCUAUUAACAUAAAUGUAUAGUCACAUUAUUAAAUGUGAAUAUAUCAAAGCACUUCACUGUAACUUGUGGGAAUGAACGUUGGAGUGAAUGCGUGAAUGUUAAAGGGUCCAAAGAUGGAUAUGGACUUCAGAGAGAUGAGAGGUGAUGAAGUACUACUGUACUGUAAGUUAUAUGUGAGGGACGCGCCCCUUAAGCGGCAACAGUGAUUCUAAAACCUUUUCAUGAUUAUGUCGUCGCUGACGGCUAACCACGGCACCAAUGAUGACAUCACUGUUUUUAUGGUACAUUAAUAUUGCUGUACAUUUGAAACCAGUUGAUGUUUGAGUGUGUUAAUGUGUGAUCCGUCUUUGAAGACUGCUACUUGCCAGUGUACAAAUGUGAGCAAACACAUUUUAUAUAUGUAUAGUAGCUUGUGUUUUUGCUCGCAUGGAAUUCAUUAAUUGCCUUUCAAGUUUUGUACUAAAAUCAAUGCAUUUUAUCUUUUUGGCACAUAAUUGUGCUUCCCAUGGCUUUCAACAAAAGUCUAAACCGAUUCUGUGUGGUUCCUCCCAGUUUCGACAGCCUUUGGAGGAUCAUUUUCUGCACUACAAAGUCAAACACUACAGAUAUUUCUCUUGUGGAAAGCUGUGGAGUACAAAUAAUGUGUUACUGUUUGAGCUGAGUCCCUCCCUGCCUUGUAUUAUCUUGUUUACUGUGAAUGUUUUCCAAAUAAUGAUUAUUACUGCCUCUGAAAUGACCACUAAAGCAGCCUGUAAAUAAACAAGCAGUUAUUAAUUACCACA